AUGGUUGAGGAUGACAGACUCCAAGUGGAGAGUCUGCGUUAUGACCGGCUGACGACGUGUUGCGGAAUUCCGGACUUGAAGAGCGAAGCACGUUCUGGCUACGGAGGAAAUCUUUAUUGGAUGGGUGUAUUCCUCAUGAUUUGGCCACGGGGUAUUCGACUCUUCAGCAGCAAAAAACAAAUUGCCAGCGUAUCUCGGUUAGGUGUAGUGUCUCUUCGUUCAACGAUUUGGCACUUUUUCUCAAUGAAUGUUGCCGCAUCUCAUCCCAACCAUACUGUCUUCACGCUCCAUCCUUCUCACCUCUUUCUCCUCCUCUUCCCUUGUACAGACUCCUCUCCCGAGCACUCACAAGUAGCUCGCUGCGACGUUGAACCAGUAUUCAGCAGCGGGCCGGUAUUGGAAUAUGGACGCCGUUGGGGAACAGCGAACUAUUUCCCUUUUGGGACGAGAAGGCGGUGCUCUCACCGCAAAAAGUUGCCCCCGACUAAGCAACUCAGCAGAGAAGAUGACCUUUUCAUCCCGUCUUUUAUGAAUGUCUUGCCUGUCGCUGCCUGUCUCUUGUACGGGUCCAGCCCACCUGGGCUCCCAAUAAGGCAACCGGCUGUCAAGAAUGUCUUUGCUGUUAAUCAUUCCGUCAUCUUCCUACUCUUCGCCAGCCAGAGACUUGAAGCACUGAUCAGUGUAUGUCUGAGCUUGCGAGAGAAGCUUUUCUGCUUGACAGCGUCUGCUACUGCCGCGAUGGUUGACAGGCGCAUCGGCCUCAAUGAUCUUCCCGCUCCCCCAUCCAUGGAGGCUCCGGAGAUGUCUGAAAUGCAGCUCGGCCACAUAGUCGGUCUCACAGCUGGGAGCUGGGGAGUUGAAAAAGUAGACGCCAUCGGUCUCGGUUACCUAGCACCUUUCUACCAGGGCGGGAAUCACAUCAAGCUUAAAUCGUGCCGGCUGCAGAUCGCGAUGUGGCUUUUGCAGAAACUGCCGGCGGAGGCUACUCAGCUAUAUGAUCGACCAUUAAGCCCCCCUGACCCUGACAUAUGCCGCACGGCAGCCCCUACCAAUGCACACUUUACGUACUUGAACGUCGAACGUCUUGCUCUCAUGUCCCCAGCUUGCCCGCGGGCAAGGACCCCAGCGUUGAAGACUGUGCACAUCGGACUCAGCGACAAAAAGAAGACCCUAUCCGGCGCUGCGACAAUACAAGGCAUAUCCCAGUCCCCCACCCCACAUACCGGGCCUCUCGACGAAAGAUUGCGUUGGCUGUCGGCCGAUCGCAGGUCCGUUCCUCUGAUCCGAAUUCCGCCCACAGCAGCUACGGCUGAGGCGGCUCACUCUGUCCUCCACUCUCUGCGACCCGAGUUUCGAGAACAGGCAUCUGAUACUCGAGUGAGCGGGCUUUGCCAAACUGGACAGACAGAAGAUCCCUCUACGGACGAAGUUGAGGAUCACCUUCGAGUCAGCACGAUUCCUAUGCCGGUGUCUGAGUUGACGAAGCUCAUUCUAUUCAGGACUCUAGAUUUUGGCAUGUCGCCUCGGAAAGUUCCCAGCUUGACUGGUACACGAUCGUUGGAGCCAGAUGCUGAAGAUAAGUACGCAAGCCCAAUGCAUCGCGCAUCGCCUGCUAGGAGAUUUGCAUCAAUCAUCUCUUUCGCUCACGAUCGAUCCGCUCAGAAGAGCCCGUCUGCUAUUAUCCUCAGGUGUUCCACCAGCUCGGAUUCUCAUCAUAGACUCAGUUCGGCAAUCACAGAGAGAGGCACCGAGACCGAGGAUCCUGUGCAGGCUGUCACGUCACGUCAGUUGAGGAAAGAAACCAGACACGCGGGUGAACGCGUCAUUUUGGUUCAUCGGACGACGGCUCCAGCCUGCAAAAUUGCAGUGACUAAGAAGGUGUUCCUAGGAGCGAAGGGAGCGCUCUUGCAUCUGUCGGGUCUUCAUGGGGAGUCCACAGAGCUUCUGUCUCCAAAUCAUCCGACGGUCUUCUUCGGGGUGAUUAUCUUCUAUUUUUAUGGUGUCAUUUUGCCAGUCAAGUCCUAUACAAAUUACACGGAUUCGAUCUUGUAUUUCAAUGAUUUCUGGCCAAACCCUCCCAACGAUCUUUAUUUGAAGACUUCUCAGCCGAGAGCAGGUGCUCUGAGCUACCGAUAUGGACUUUGUCUAAACCGGCAGGCUUCUAGAAGACGAGGACAAGAAAGGCGCCAGACCUGUUUGGGUACUUUCAUGCGUCGAAUGAUAGCGACGCUUGGGCUAACCGUUUCGUCUGAUGUUACUGCUGCGCAUCUUUACAACAACAAUUCGCACUCGCUCAAGCCGCCGACGGGGAGGCAUGCCGACAUCAUCGUUCUCCGUCUCCAAUCAUACUAUCGUCCAUCCUCUCCAAUCCUGACUCCAAGCGGGGCGAGUUUUAGAGUUGAAACAUAUCAACUCCCUUGUGCGGCUUCCUCCAUCUUGGAUCAACGGCUAGCAGUCUGUUCUCGAAGUUCAUCAACAGCCGCCCUCGGCCGCGUCUGA